AUGACCAUCAUGGCACAGAGAAGUUUACUGCAAACUUGCAUUAUAUUGGCAUUGUAUAUCAAAAUCUCACAUUCAGUUUGUCUUUUCCAAGGAAACAAAGUGAACUACCAUAUAAUGAGCUUUCUGUGGGAAAUGGGUGGUUAUUUUCCUCAGCAAUGUCUCAGUGAAACAACUGAAUUCAGAUUCCCCAUGGAGAUUACCAAGGUCACACAGAAGAACAUGAUAAGGAUCACCUAUGAGUUCCUUCAACAGGUCUUCCAACUAUUUAGCAAAAACCUUCCCGUUGAUGUUUGGAAUACAAGCAAGAUUGAGAACUUCCAAAAUGGAAUUCAUCAUCAAAUUGAAGAACUGGAGACAUGUUUGUCAGAAGAACAAUCAAAGGCAAGCAGUUUUAAAACAUGGAUCCUAAAAAGCUCAACAUACAGCAUAAAAAAGUACUUUCAAAGAAUCACCAAUUUCCUGAAAGAUAAGCAAUACAGCCAUUGCUCCUGGGAAGCAGUUCAAAUGGAAUUGAGAAAAAGUAAUAUAAUUUUUGACAGUCUUUUGAAAAAAAAAACCACAUAAAGAGGUAAAAUCUUCUUUUUUUUUUUUUUUGUUGUUUUGUUUUGUUUUUUUUUUAAUAAUACAAUAUUUUCCCCCUUCUUUAUAGGUAUUUCAUUUUCACAUUUUAAUAAUUUUCAAAUUGACAGUUGGGGCUUGUUUCCAA